GUGUGUGUGUGUGUCAGUGCUGAGGGCUUGGAUUUCUCCGCGCUCCCGCUCGGUGGCUCUCUGGAAACGGCGAUCCGGCGCUGCAAAUCCCCCCGGCAAACAUGUCCAAGCUGGAGCAGGUCCUCAUCCUCGAUCCUCCGACUGAUCUCAAAUUCAAAGGUCCGUUCACAGAUGUCGUCACGGCUAACCUGAAGCUGACAAACCCGUCAGACAAGAGAGUGUGUUUCAAAGUGAAGACCACAGCGCCACGCCGGUACUGCGUACGGCCCAACAGCGGCGCCAUCGACCCUGGCGCCUCGAUCAGCAUCUCAGUUAUGCUACAGCCCUUUGACUACGAUCCCAAUGAGAAAAGUAAACACAAAUUCAUGGUGCAGACCAUCUUUGCACCGGCCACCAUCACAGACACAGAGACCAUGUGGAAAGACGCAAAACCCGAUGAGCUCAUGGAUUCCAAACUGAGAUGUGUGUUUGAGCUGCCUUCUGAAAACGAUAAAAUGAACGAUGUGGAUGCUGUGAACAAGACUGCCCCCGUGUUAGCCUCCUCCAAGGUGGAAGGACCGGCUGCACCCAAACCCGCAAGCGUUGCCCUGGAGGACACGGAGAUGAAGAAAGUUCUGGAAGAGUGCAAGCGACUGCAGACGGAAAUUAGCAAGCUGCAGGAGGAGAACAGGCAGCUUAAGGACGAUGGAUUGAGGCUGAGGAAAGCUCAGAGACCCGAGCACACGGCCUCCAAUUCCAGCUCUCUGAUUGGCCGAGAGGUGGCCACCAGCUCCCUUCCAUCACUCCUGGUCGUCAUAGCAGCCAUCUUCAUCGGAUUCUUCCUCGGCAAGUUCAUCCUGUAGAUGGACAAGUGGAGGGGAGUCUGACGUGUCUGCCUGCCUAUCAACCGGUUCCAGAGAGAGAGAGAGGGAGAGAGGGAAAGAGAGAGGGAGAGCUCACACGGCCUGGAUGAAAGGAGAAUGUCUUUCUGUUGACUUUGCCAUAUCAUUGGUAGCUGGGCCAGCGGCAGAAACACACAUCUGUGCGGCAUCAUAACGUCCUCAGCCUCACAUACGGUUAGUCCAACACGAGAGAGAGAGAGAGAGGGAGAGAGAGAUGGAGGGAGAGAAAGAGAGAACAAAAAGCAGGAGCAGAAGUAAGGCUCUUUCCCCUCUCUGUCUCUUUUUAUUCCCACACCGUUCUUUUCUUUGUGCAAUGGACAGAAGGUAACUGAGCAAACAGGCUUAAAACACAGCAGUGGUUUAAGAGAGAGUGAUGAAACCAUCACACAAAGAAAAAAAAAAAAAAGACCGGACACAUCUCAGAGACCCAAAUUAUAAAGGUGUUAAUAUAAAUUUUUUUGUCCCCCCACAUCACCACUACAACCACCACCACUCCUCACUCUCUCUUUCUCGUUUUAUUAAAAGUUCAAUGGAAUGUUAGGUGUCUUGUAAAUGUAAUUUUAAUCCUUUUUAAGAAAAGGAAAAGCAACCUCAAUCAAUACAAAACAAAACAGAUCUUGUGACCCUUUUCAUCCCCGGCAGCCUCAGAAAGACGGCAGAUGUUUCUACCCUUCGCUGCCUCUCCAUUUCCACGGGAACGUCAACAGUUGGGCUGGGAACAAAGAUGCCUCCUUUUGUACAUUUGUCUUUUUUCCUGUCCCUAAUGAUACCAAUGCAGACUUUUAUUACUGUUAUAUCAUAUUAUUAAUAUUAUUAAUGUUCUUUAUUUUCCCUCAAUACAAAGCAUUUAUCCCUACUUGAGGCAAAUGUUGACUGAAGUUCGAGUCUACACCUCUCCUGUCCUGUCCAAUGCUAUUCAACAUUAAAGAAAUAAAUAAAGUGGGAAAAAAAAAA